GAACCAGUGACAGUUGGGGGCAGCGACCCUCUGGGCAGGGAUUAGACAGGUCACGAGGCGACAGAUAGAGGGACAAAAGUUCACAAACAUCAGGGGAAAUGGAGCGAAUGAAAUGGAGCAAAUAAUGAGGAGGAGGAGGAAUAGGAGGGGGGCAGUUUUGUGACAUUAUGGGAACAGAAUUUACAGACCAGACUAAUGAGAGGGAAUCCCUGAAGCUGCUGCAGAACAUCUUGUGGGAGCAGAGACAUGAGGCCCCUAUUGGAUAGAAUGGGCUUCUCUGUGUCCUGGACCCCCUGCGCCCAAUGUCCCCAAUCCCCCAGAAGAGAUUAUAGAGGCUGGAACGUUCCUCUCUCCCUCGUACCUCUUUGGCUCCUCUGUGGCACAAUUACAGGAGCAGUGUCGGUGAAAGUGAUAGUGAACAGACCCAGUGUACAAGUGAGGAGAGGAGGGAGUGUUCUGCUUCCAUGUUCAUUUCGUACAACUGCAGCUCUCAACAGACUCAACAUCAUCUGGACUGUGUCCCCCCUGCUUCAGCCCCAACUCCCACUGCAGGUGAUCUCCUAUGAGCAGGGGCAGAUAGUGGAAAGUGUCAGCGAGUACACGGGGCGAGUCCAGUUUGCUUUCCACCCAACCACAGACGCAAGUAUUCUCAUCAACCAAUCCCGCAGCUCAGACACCGGCACCUACCACUGUACAGUCAUAAACCCCCCUGAUGGGACCACCCCCAACAUUGGGCUGGUGGGACUCACGGUUCUUGUUGAACCAUCAAGACCAGUGUGUUCCAGUGAAGGGAGAGAAGAAGAAGGUGGCAGUGUCCGACUCCGCUGCUCCAUACGGGAAGGGGUCCCAGCACCCAGGAUCCUAUGGGAGAAAAUCCCGGGAGAGGGCCCAGCGCUGAUCACAAGCCAAGAGGGGGAUCUUCAGGGCUCAGUUACCCUUAAUAAUGUCACCCCCCGGGCCUCGGGUUUCUAUCGUUGCACCGUCUCCAACCAACUGGGCUCCCAGACCUGCACCAUUGAGCUGCACAUUCAAGUUGCUGUACUAAGCAUGGUGGGUGUAAUUGUUGGAGUUGCCAUAGCACUAAUCAUGGGAGUUGUACUUCUCGCUCUCUUUGCAAUAGUCCUGCACCUCCACCAGCAGAGCCGAGGGACUUGGCAAGAUCAAGAGCUGAGAGACUGCAAAAUCCAGGGGAGACGGGAAGAGCCAGAAAUGGAAGGGGCCAAGAUGAACACGGUCUCUCCAGGGAAGAGGUCGGAAGUGACCCAGAGCCCAGAGUUCAAUGUCGUUCAAUUGAGUAGAGUCAUUAAGCCCAUGUGGCUGCUGAGCCGCCAGACUAGUGAAGCCCCUCGUCACCUCCUGUAUGAGCAGCGGCCAACACCUAGAGGAGCAGCACUUGGGCCUGUGGGGGGCAAAGGGGAGGAGUUUGUGUCAGAGAGUGAAGAGGGAGAUGUUUGGGGCAGAAGUAACAGCGACCCCAGCAGAGACCCUCCACCAGAACUCAGUGUCUCCUACUCUUCCACUAACUCCGGCUUCCUUGUGUAAUGAUAAUAAAGGAUUUGUAAUGA